AUGUUCUUGCCAACCCACUUUUCCCGCACAUCUUCUCCCUCUAUUUUUUAUCAACUUGGGAUAUAUCUGACGAAAUGGUCACAAGCCUAUCAGCAUCCAGAGUCCACCUUGACCGCUCAAGCAGCCCCACCAAAUUUAAGAUCGCGCUUUGCAGACCCCAAUCAUGCAACCAAAACGCACUUCUUCACACUGGUUACAGGCGGCAAGUUCAAAGCCGAGCCAUUGGGUGCACGCCGUCGAUAUGAGCGCGCGCAACGCCAAGCGGCGGAGAAACGCGCACAAGGUAUCAGAGAACAGUCAAGCAAGCGUCUGCUGCAGGAGAAUGUGCUUUAUCUGAUGGUGGUGAACAUGCCAACGGAGGAGGAGUUGUUGAAGGCGAAGAGGGACAUACAAGAAGCAAAGGAAAAGAAAGCGGCGAGCAAGAAGCACCAAUCUUAG